CUCCGCCAUCUUUUGCUUGAUAGCAAUUAAUACACGUACAUCCAUCACUUCAGCACGCUAUGGCUGACAAGUAUGAAUUGCCAUCUACAUACGUGGACGGCUUUCAUGACCGAGAAGCAGUGAGAAGAAUGAGAUAUCGUCCACUGGGAAGAACGGGGAUGGUUGUAUCCAUACUCAGUUUGGGAGCAUCUUCUCUUGGCAGUGUCUUCCGAGCUACGAGCGACGAUGAAGCGGUCAACGUAGUUCGAACUGCGAUACGAAACGGCAUCAACUUGAUAGACACAGCAGCUUGGUAUGGACAUGGAAAAUCAGAGAAUGUUCUAGGAAAAGCGUUGGAAGGCAUUCCACGUGAGGCAUACUACAUUACAACUAAAGCGUGUCGAUACCUUCCGGAUGUUGACAAGAUGUUUGACUUCACUGCUGAGCGAACAUUAAGAAGUAUUGAUGAGAGUCUGCAUCGGAUGAAACUUGACUAUGUUGAUGUGCUGCAGGUGCAUGAUCCGGAAUUUGCUCCUUCCUUGGACAUCGUGUGCAAUGAAACACUGCCAGCGAUGCAGCAGAUUAAGGAUGCAAGAAAAUGUCGUUUCAUUGGAUUGACAGGAUACCCAAUGGGAAAUUUUAGGAAGAUGAUUGAAGGAACGUCAGUGAAAAUCGACACAGUUCUCUGUUAUUGCCAUUUCUCUAUGAAUGACACCUCUCUGACAGACCAUCUUUCAUAUUUCGAGGAGCAAGGCAUUGGUGUGAUCAAUGCUUCACCAAUUUCUAUGGGAUUGUUGUCGAACCGUGGGCCACCGUCAUGGCAUCCAGCAACGGAUGAUAUAAAGGCAGCUUGCAAAGAAGCAGCCGAUUACUGUCAGAUGCAGAAUGUUGACAUUUCAAAGCUAGCUACACACUUCACUCUUUCUAAUGACAACAUUCCAACAACACUAGUCAGCACAGCAAGUCUUGCAAAUUUGACAAAGAACUUGCAAGCUGUGAGCGAAUCACUCAGCGAGCAUGAACAACAAGUGUCUGCACACAUCAUGAAACACUAUUUCCAUCCUCUUGGCAACAAGACAUGGGAAGGUGUCGAAGUCCAAAAAUAUUGGCAAGAAAUGAAGAAACUAAGCAAAUAAACUUCAUAACAACCUCCUGCUAAAAUCCUUUCUCAAUUGUUAUCUCACGUUUGU